CACCGGGGUCGCGCGCGCGCACGAACGCACCUUCGAGGAGUUCCUCGCGAGUUCGCCCCGCGCCGCCGCCGCGAAGAAGGACGAGGCGCCGCCGAGACGCGCGCGCGAGAGAGGAGGGCGAGAUCGACUUCGUCGAAGUCGCCGCUCCCGCGACCGAGCGCGAAUCCCGCGCCGCGACCGCCCGUCUCCGUCGCGCCCGCGCGCGCCGCGAUCGACGCGAAAAGGCACGGACUCCCUGAAAACGUCGACAUGACCACCUCCUUCAACGCCGUGGACUUCGGGUUCCGCCCGAUACGCCCGGACGACGACGUCGCGGACGACGCCCCGGGGUGCAGCAGCGAGGACGCCACCGCGUGGUACCCGCUCGCGCGAGACGACGAUUUCCCCGACGACGACGCCAUGGACGCGGACGACGCGCUGUUCAUCUCCGAGGACGAGACGCUCCCGGACGCGACCGGGUUCGGCGCGCGUCAGCGCGAGCUCGAGACGAUCGCGGCCGCGAAGCGCGAGGAGGAGACGCGCGCGGCGCAUCACGGCGGCCCGUUCCUCGGCAGCACGCUCGGCGAGCUCGUGGAGCGAUUCCGCGCGGGGUCGUGGGCGACGCCCUCGGACGUGUGGGUCGAGGUGCUCGAGACGUUGCGCGAGCGCGAGAAGACCAAGAGCGGGGAAGUCCUGGACCCGUCCACGGCGCGGCACAUGAAGUACCGGACGACGCUGAUCGAGUGGAUACUCGAGGUGUGCGCGGACCUCGGGUUCGGUCCGACGACCGCAGACCUCGCGGUUCGAUACAUGGAUCGCGUCCUGAGCAAGGUGAACGUCCCGAAGACGAGCCUGCAGCUCGUCGCGAUGUGCUGCCUGGAGGUCGCAGUGAAAUUCGAGGAGAUCGAAAACGACGUCCCGUCGCUUCCGAAGCUCCGGAAGUGCGCGAGCAACGUGUACAGCGUGGAGAUCAUCAAGAAGAUGGAGCUCGCGGUCCUCAUCGAGCUCGACUGGGACCUCGCGACGAUCGUCCCCGCGCACUUCCUCGAGGCUGUCCUCGCGGUCACCGGCGGCGGCACGUCGCCGCACGACGUCAUCGGCGACCGCCCGUGGACCCCCGCGUGCGUCUCCCAGCUCCGCAAGCUGGCGUGCUACCUCCACUCCAUCUGCCUCCAAGACUCGCACGUCGCGACAAACGCGUCGCCGUCGCUGCUCGCGGCGUCGAUCAUCGCGAUGGCGCGCCUGCAGCUCAACAUCUACCCGGUGUGGCCCGCGGAGUUGCGCGUCGCGACGGGGUAUUCGUGCGACGCGUUGGGUCCGGUGAUGUCGAAAAUUUUGUCGCUCUACAAAGCCGCGCUGCCCGCCGGCGCCGCCGUCAACGCCGGGCCCGCGGCGGCGACGAACCCGAGCGCGCCGCUGGACGCGGUGAUCACCGCGCUGGAGGAGGAGGGCGCUGUUGGCGCGUACGCGUAUACGUACGGAGGGGAUUACGAGGGCGGCGCCAUUAAGGCGGGAGAGAGCAGGGAGACGCUCACGCCGUCGCCCACGGGGCCGCUCGACGGCGGAUUCUUCGAGCUCAUGGAGGACGACGUCGAGCUCGAGCGCGACGCGGUGUUCGCGUGAGAGGUGGACGCGAUUAAUCAUCUGCGUCCGCGUCGCGGUCGCGUCGCGUCGCGUCGGCCGCGCGAUAGAAGAGGAGGGUGGGGUGGCGUUUUUUUGGGGGAUCGGAAGGAAGGAAGGAAGGAAGGAAGCAAGCGUCUGGAGUUCGGGGAGUUGAAUUCACGCGCCGACGAACGAGGUCUGCGGGGUUGUACGAGAGGGGGGGCGGGGGGAGAGCCGUGAAAAAGUUUUCACGUCCUCUCCAACCAGGACGCGUGGACGACGCGCGAGGUUCAUAAUCGAUCGCGCUUUGAGCGGCUGUCGCGGAUAUCAUCGCGACAGCCGGCGGCGUUGAUCGAAGGGUGACCUCUCGCGUCGCGCGUCGCUGUAUCACCAAAGUAGUUUUUAAUUUACGACGAAGUUAUCGACUGA